UCAAAACUUCCGGUAUAGAAUUUAACAAAAACAACACAAGUCAUAAUUUUGAAAUACCUGAAUACACAUUUUAAAGAUUAUUGAGUUGUGGAAGACACAUACUGAAGAUAACCUUUAUUGAUAGGAUGAAUGUGUUUGAGGAUUUAAUGAUUAAUGGAAAUGCAGGGAGACACACUACAAAACAGGCUCAUGAUAAUCUGCUUCAUCGAGGAGUUGACUUAAAGAGACACACGAGAACACAUACUGUUGUUAAAUGUCAUAAAUGUGAAGUUUGUGCUAGAGAAUUUACUCGAGGUUAUGAUUUAAAGAGACACAUGAGAAUACAUACUGGUGAAAAAUGUCACAAAUGUGAUAUUUGUGGUAAUAUAUUUACUCGACGUAGUGACUUACAGAGACACACAAGAAUACAUACUGUUGUUAAAUGUCAUAAAUGUGAUGUUUGUGCUAAAGAAUUUACUCAAAAUGUUAACCUAAAGAGUCACAUGAGAACACAUACUGUUGAAAAAUGUCACAAAUGUGAUGUUUGUGCAAGAGAAUUUACUCAAAAUAAAUACCUCAAGCGUCACAUGAGAACACAUACUGAAGAUAAAUCUUAUAAAUGUAAUGUUUGCACUAAAGGUUUUUUUUGGCUUUAUCAUUUACAACGUCACAUGAGAACACAUACAGAUGAUAAACCUAAUGUCUGUGGUGUAUGUGAUAAAGGGUUUAGUCAGCUUGGCCAUUUAUAUAUGCACAUGAGAACACAUACAGGCGAUAAUCCGUAUGACUGUGAUGUAUGUGGUAGAGAGUUUAGUCAGCAUAGUAGCUUAAAGAGACACAUCAGAACACAUUCCGUCAAUAAACAUGACUGUAAUGUAUGUUGUAAAGGAUUUAGUCGGCCUGAUUCUUUAAAGAGACAUAUGAGAACACAUACAGGUGAUACACCUAAUGACUGUAAUUUUUAAGUUAAAGGGUUGUGUCAACAUGGUAUGUAACAGAGUCACACGAGAACACAUACAGGUGAUAUCAUAACCUUCAUGACUGUGAAUAACGAAAGGUGCUUGUCAAUGCUUGUACUUGAAAAUAAUUGAAUAAAUAAUUAUUAACUGUAUUUACCUGGAUUUACCUGUCAAAUAUUAUAAAUGCUUGCAAAUGUAAUGGUAAUGCGCUUAAACGUAAUACACCGAGGUGGCUGCAAACAUAGAACAUAUCAUUUGCUUAAGAACAGUUUUGUAGCUGGCUUUUAUUGUAUGAG